AUGUUGGACGAGUCCAGACAUGAUCAAUGCGAGGAAACUCCCUUGCUAGGCCACGACCACGCACCGGAGUCGGGCCGCUUCACCCGCGCACGAUGGGUCCUCAUUGUCUUGAGCCUGGGCAUCAUCGCAGUGAACUUUGGCUCUUAUCUCGCCAUGGCUCCGCAGAUACAAAUAUUUGAGUCAAUCAUCUGCCAAAAACUGCACCCGGAAAUCGCACUUCUCACCACCCAGGAGCAGAUCGACGCCAGAUGCAAGGCCCCCGAUGUCCAGGGUGAGCUGGCGUUUGUCAAUGGCUGGAAGCAGACGCUUGAUACGCUGCCCGGGAUUUUUCUGGCUCUUCCCUUUGGUCUGAUGGCCGAUCAAGCGGGACGGAAGAAGGUGCUGAUGUUGAGUUUGAUUGGCUUGAUUAUGGAGGAGGUGAUGGUGCGGAUUAUUGCAUGGUACAGCGCGUUUAUUCCCCUGCGCACGGUGUGGUUCAUGUCGUUGUUCCAGCUCUGCGGUGGUGGUGCCCAGAUUGCCACAUCUAUGAUUUUGACGAUGAUCACUGAUGUGUUUCCGGUGGAGAGACGGGCGAAUAUCUUCUUUAUCAUUUUUGGGUCAACACAGGUAUCUGAGAUUGUCGCGAGCCCUCUGAGUGCCUGGCUCAUGUCCAGGACACCCUGGCUGCCGUACUUCCUGGGAGUACUGUUCAUGCUUUGUGGACUAUGUGCUUCCAUAACUGUACCGGAGACGCUGUCCAAGUCGACCAAACUGAGCGAGCCCGGCACUGAAGACGAUGAGGCUGAUGAUGACGCUCCACGGACGGUCCGUCAUCGUCUAAAGGCCGUCUUGCAUCACGCCUGGCAUCAGAUCAUGCAUCACAGCCGGUUCAUCUUCGCCGAACGCAACAUUGUUUGUAUCUCCAUCGCCCUUCUGACGGCAAACGUGGCUAUCCAGUCGCUUGUGAUCACGCUACAAUACGUCUCAAAACGCUUCUCAUGGUCCAUGGCAGAGGCAAGCUUUCUCAUCUCCUUGAAUGGAAUAACGAACCUAUCGGCCCUACUCCUCAUCCUCCCCGCCAUCUCCAAAGCCCUAGACAGAUUCCUCCCCCCGAUACGCCGAGACCUGCACAUUUCCAUAGGCAGCAUCCUCACAAUCGCCGUCGGACACGUCGUCAUGGCACUCGCAGCCAGCCCUACAAUCUUCAUCGUAGGUCUAUCGAUCUCCUCGCUGGGAGCGGGUUUCUUCCCCGCUCUACGCAGCGUUGCUACGGCAUUGGUGGACGAGGCCGAGAUAGGCCUUUUGGGGACGACAAUUGCCCUGACCCAGAGUAUUGGUGCAAUCAUCGCGGGGCCGACGAUGGCAGGCACGUUCAAGUUCAUCGAACCAACACCACCUAUGUGCCCCGCGCAACCACAAGGUUCUCGGAUCCCGCUCGGUACCGAUUAUCAUCACUCCAAAACAUCACACACCGAGAUCCGGCCAUGUCACGGCGCCUCGGUCCCGGACGUGGUCGCUAUCGGUGAAGAACGGGAACUUUUGGCGAAGUGGAAGGAACGAUGUGGCAUUGAGACGGAGAAUCAGAUCAGACUGGUGAAGUUGGCGCAUAUGCGCUACCAACAUCCUGACCUUGAUGCAAUUACUGUCUUCCUCCAAGAUUUUGGCAUGAAAGUCGUCAAAAGGACAGAUGGGGAGGUAUGGUACCGAGGUUACGGGACGGAUCCGUAUGUUUACUAUGCUCGCAAAGGCCCAAAGAAAGAGUUUCUCGGAGGGACGUUUGAGGUGGAGUCGUACCAAGAUCUGGAAAGGGCGGCCAAUCUGCCCACAGGCAGCCCUAUCCAAGAAUUGAAAGACGCACCCGGAGGAGGCUUCAUGGUCACCGUUAAAGAUCCAGAAGGAUUCCCGAUCAAUCUCGUCCACGGUCAGUCACCAGCAGCACCAGGUGAAUAUCCUCCCAAGCUCGUCGUCAACUCCGAGUCAGACAAGCCUCGCGUCCGCCACUUUCAGCGCUUCGUUCCCGGCCCUGCAGCCGUCCACAAACUGGGUCACUUCGGCCUGUGCGUCCAAAACUUCCAGGAAAUGGUUACCUUUUACACAACAACCUUCAACCUCGUGCCGAGCGACUUCCUCUACGUUGAGAAAGACGGCAACAAGAAGAACGUUGCUCUCUUCGCGCACAUCGAUCGCGGCGCGGACUAUGUCGACCACCACAGUUUCUUCAUGAGCACGAAUCCCACCUCGCAUGUACACCAUUGCUCGUUUGAAGUGCAUGACUUUGACACGCAGAACCUAGGACACCAGUGGCUAGCGAAGAAGGGGUAUGAAUCUGUUUGGGGUGUGGGACGACACAUCCUCGGGUCGCAGCUGUUUGAUUACUGGUGGGAUACCACUGGGAACAUGAUCGAGCAUUAUGCGGAUGGGGAUUUGGUGAAUGAGGAGACGCCGGUCGGGUAUGGGCCUGCGGGCGAUGAGUCGUUGGCUGUUUGGGGCCCGGAGGUGCCUAAGUGGUUUUUAGACUAG